UCUCUCAGGGUGGAACCAGAAACCGAGCCUCAGUUCUGGGGCGGAACGCAAAGUAGGAACUCGAAAUCCGACCGGACAUGCGGCGGGUUACCAAGGAGACGGAGCAGCUGGCCAUGGCGGAGAACAGCUACAGCAUCCGACCGCCCUUUCAGCAGAGGUUCAAGGCGGCUGUUGUUAAAGGGAAGAUCAACACUGUGCUGAAGGAGGAGCUAACCAACAAGCUUUAUGAUCCAGAGGCUGUUCCCAUCCUGACCCAGAAGAUCGCAGAAAUGAUAAAAGCCCAAGUGAAAGGGUGUGCAUUUGAGCGAUAUAAACUGGUGGUGCAGGUUGUCAUUGGCGAACAGAGAGGAGAAGGAGUGAAGAUGGCUGCGCGUUGCUUCUGGGAUGCUGACACAGAUAAUUUUGCACAGGCAGUGUUCAUGAAUGACAGCCUGUUUUGUGUUGCUGCUGCCUUUGGCUGCUACCACUAUUAGGAAACCAAGGACAUAAUCAGAGCUGGUGCAAACCUUUCUGCAUGAAAAUAUUAUUUUUAUUCAUCUGUAAAAUAAUGUACCAUAAAUAAAGGAAUAUAGAGUGACUGUGUUCAGAGGAGUGCUCCUGGAGAUGUUGGGUUCGAUUGUACUGGAAUCAGACCGAUCUCUGAAUCAUAAUAUAGAAGAGAGAAAAAAUAAAUAAAUCAAUUAUAGUAUACGUACAUUGAAUAGAUUAAAAAUCGUGCAAAAAACAGAACUGAGGUAGUGUUCAAGGGCUCAAUGUCCAUUUAGGAAUCAGAUGGCAGAGGAAGAAGCUGUCGCCUUGUAGCACUCACAUCGACAGUGAUGAAAUGCUUUGAGAGGUUGAUUAUGACACACUCAGCGAUUCAGGAACAGCUUCUUCCCCUCUGCCAUCUGAUUCCUAAAUGGACUUACUACCUCACUUUUUUUAAUAUGCAGUAUUUCUGUUUUUGCACAUUUUAAAAUAAUCUAUUCAAUAUAUGUAAUUGAUUUACUUGUUUAUUUAUCAUUUUUUUAUUUAUUAUUAUUUUUUCCCUCUCUGCUAGGUUAUGUAUUGCAUUGAACUGCUGCUGCUAAGUUAACAAAUUUCACGUCAAAAGCUGGUGAUAAUAAUCCUGAUUCUGAUUCCUGAAUCGCUGUGUGUGUGCCUUCAGGCUUCUGUACCUCCUACCUGAUGGUAACAGUGAGAAAAGGGCAUGCCCUGGGGGCUGGAGGUCCUUAAUAAUGGAUGCUGCCUUUCUGAGACACCGCUCACUAAAGAUGUCCUGGGUACUUUGUAGGCUAGUGCUCAAGAUGGAGCUGACUAAGUUUACAACCCUCUGCAGCUUCUUUCAGUCCUGUGCAGUAGCCCCCCCAUACCAGAUAGUGAUGCAGCUUGUCAGAAUGCUCUCCACAGUACAACUAUAAAACUUUUUGAGUGUAUUUGUUGAAAAAUGAAACUUCUUCAAACUCUUAAUAAAGUAUAGUCGCUGUCUUGCCUUCUUUAUAACUGUACUAAUAUAUCGGGACCAGGUUAGAUCCUCAGAGGUCUUGACACCCAGGAACUUGAAACUGCUCACUCUCUCCACUUCUGAUCCCUCUGUGAGGAUUGGUAUGUGUCCUUUGUCUUACCCUUCCUGAAGUCCACAAUCAGGUUUAUUAUCACUGAAGCAUGUUGUUUUGCAGUUGCAGUACAGUGCAAUACUUUAAAAAAAUUACUAUAAGUUACAAUAACAAAGAUAAAAAAUAAUUAUUGUCCAUUCAGAAAUCUGAUGGUGGAGGGAGAAGCUGUUCCUGAAACAUUGAGUGUGUGUCUCCAGGAUGCUCUACCUCCUCCCUGAUGGUAGCAACGAGGAGUGGCAGCAUGGUAGUGUAGUGGUUAGCACAACGCUUGACAGUACCAGUGACCUGGGUUCAAUUCCCACCACUGCUUGUAAGGAGUUUGUACGUUCUCCCCGUGACAGUGUGGUUUCCUCCGGGUGCUUUAGUUUCUUCCCAUGGUCAAAACAUGCCAGUUAGUAACUUUAUUGGUGAGACCCGACGCAGACUGGGAGACCGCUAUGCUGAACAUCCACGCUCUGUCCGCCAGAGAAAGCAGGAUCUCCCAGUGGCCACACAUUUUAAUUCCACAUCCCAUUCCCAUUCUGACAUGUCUAUCCACGGCCUCCUCUACUGUAAAGAUGAAGCCACACUCAGGUUGGAGGAACAACACCUUAUAUUCCAUCUGGGUAGCCUCCAACCUGAUGGCAUGAACAUUGACUUCUCUAACUUCCGCUAGGCCCCACCUCCCCCUCGUACCCGAUCUGUUACUCAUUUUUAUGCACACAUUCUUUCUCUCACUCUCCUUUUUCUCCCUCUGUCCCUCUGAAUAUACCUCUUGCCCAUCCUCUGGGUCACCCCCCCCCUUGUCUUUCUUCCCGGACCUCCUGUCCCAUGAUCCUCUCGUAUCCCCUUUUGCCUAUCACCUGUCCAGCUCUCGGCUCUAUCCCUCCCCCUCCUGUCUUCUCCUAUCAUUUUGCAUCUCCCCCUCCCCCUCCAGCUUUCAAAUCCCUUACUCACUCUUCCUUCAGUUAGUCCUGAUGAAGGGUCUCGGCCUGAAACGUCGACUGCGCCUCUUCCUAUAGAUGCUGCUUGGCCUGCUGCGUUCACCAGCAACUUUGAUGUAUGUUGCUUGAAUUUCCAGCAUCUGCAGAAUUCCUGUUGUUUGCAGUUAGUAACUUAAUUGGUCAUUGCAAAUUGUCCAUUUAUUAGGGAAUUGCCGGGCGGCUUGGCCGGAAGUGCCGGAAGGACCUAUUUCACAAGCGGCCCGACUCGAAGGGCCUUAAGUACCUAUUUUGCAAACACGAGGAAACCUGCAGAUGCUGGGAAUUCAGGGAACACACACAAAAUGCUGGUGGAACGCAGCAGCUAUUGGAUGAAGUACAGUUGACAUAUCGGGCCGAGACCCUUUGGCAGGAUGAAAGGUCUCGGCCCAAAACAUCGACUGUACCUCUUCCAAUAGAUGCUAUCUGGCCUGCUGCGUUCCACCAGCAUUUUGGGUGUGUUGCCUAUUUUGCAAGCGACCUGGUUCAAAGGGUUGGAAGGACCUAUUUUGCAAGCAGCCCAGCUUGAAGGGCCGGAAGGACCUAUUUCACGGGCGGCCCAGCUCAAAGGGCUGUAUUUCAUGCCAUAUGUCAAUACAAUAAAAUAUUAAACAAUAUUAAAGAAGGCAUGUCCUGACUGGUUGUGGUUCUUAACGAUGCAUGCCGCCUUUUUGAGGCUUUGCCUAUUGAAGAUGGUUGGAGAGGCUGGUGCCCAUGAGAGAGACGACUAAGUUUACAACCCUCUGUAGCUCUUUCCGAUUCUAUGCAGUGGCCCCUCCGUACCAGACGGUGAUGCAACCAGUCAGAAUGCUCUUCACGGUACAUCUGGAGAAAUUUGCCUGAGUCCUUGGUGACGUACCAAAUCUCCUCAAAUUCCUGAUGACAUAUAGCCACUGUCGUGCCUCCUUUGUAAUUGCAUCAAUAUGUUAAGCCCAG